AUGUCCGCCACCCCGGACAGUGCCACCGCGACCCGCGUGACCCACAAGGCACCGCCGCACCCGCCACGAACCCUGCCAUCGCAAUGCUGCUGGCGCCCUGCUGACUGCCAGCCACAGUCACACCUGACCACACCACAGCCAGUCACACCCUACCACAGCCUACAACAGCCAGCCACAGCAUAUCACAGCCUAACCACACCCUCCACAGCCUACCACAGCCACAGUAAACCCCACCAGAGCCAGCCACACCCUCCACACUGCAAACGGAGCCUCUCACAAACUACUACCACUCCACAGCAUACUACAGCCUCGCCACAGCAAACCACACUCAUAUACAACAUACCAAAACACCACCACAGCAAAUCAGACACCAUCACAGCACCACCAGACCCUCCCAGUGCCUCCUACAGCGCCCCACAGCCCCGCCACAGCCCCGCCACAGCAAACCACACUCAUAUACUACAUAAAACACCACAACAGCCAACCACACCACACCACAGCACCACUAGACCCUCCCAAAGCUUCCCACAGCCCCCCACAGCCUUGACAGCCUUGCCACAGCCUCGCCACAACAAACACAGCAAACCACACUCAUAUACAAUAUAA